AUGUGUGCCGGCCUCAGCUACUUCUGGAGCGGCCGUCCAAAGGCAAAGGGACGCGACAACGGCGUCGCCCUUACCAUCUGGAACGGCGAACACCGUUCUGCGCCAGCGUAUUGGGAGUCAAAUUUGCCACCACCAUCAAUGACUAUGCUCCCCCAUGCCCCACUGAUCAGCUCCGAUGAAGCGAGCGACAAGUUCUUCGAGGAUCUGCGAGCCCUCCUGGCGAGAGUGUCGAAGGCAAAUAAGCUGGUCUUCCUUGGUGACUUCAAUGUCCACGUCGGGACACACUGCGCUGCCUGGAGAGGAGUGCUGGGUCCCGCCGGAGUCGGCAACUGCAACGAAAAUGGUCACCUUCUCCUGUGGACCUGCGCAGAACACCACCUGCCCCUAGCCAACACCCUCUUUCGCCCUCCAACAUGA